ACAUACAGAAACACUAUCCAUAUGUUAAAUACCUUUAUUUGGAUACGUAAGUAUACCAAAAGCAUCAGAGGUAGAGUGGUAUGGUCGUGGCUCUCGGUGUCGGGUUGAUUAAAUUCGCAAUCUAAUGCCGAUAGAGACAUCAUCGCAAUAUGAAAUGUUUUGUUAAUAUCGGAAUGCAGAGUGAAAGGUAAAGUACCUAUCGGCCGACAGCAGAAAUGUGGAGUUCCAACGAAAAAGACGAGACUGAUGAGCGGCUUCGUGAGCUCCUUGCCAGGCGUGAGAAACGAAGAGAGCGCCGACCACUCGCUGCCUCGGCCGUGACAACAGUCAACACACCACACACACUCAGUGUCACGUCACUGCAUCAGUCACAGCCACACAUCGACACACAUACACCCCACUCAACGGGAAGUGGGGUGCUACAUACACACAGGCAUGUGUCUGUGUCUGACUCGAGCCUGUCCACGACAGGCACUACCACCACCCCACCACCACCGCCACGGUGUGGAAGCCAUCCUGCGACUACCAUAGAGCCACGGGAUGAACACAUCGAUUCACAGCCACACGCACGAACACCCACACUGACCCCAUGCCACGAACAAGACCAGGACCAAGGCAAAGGCAAAGGCAAAAGCAAAGUGCAAGUGAAUUCGAGGCCGUGUACGCCGCUGCUGCAGAUGCCACGGAAUGCACCACUGUCACAGUCACGUGGACGGUCACGCAUUGCAGGGACACUCGCAGCGACACUGCGCAAUACUCUGGCGCUGAGCUACUUCAUCCAGUAUCUGGAGACACAGAAGUACGCGAUAGUGUUCAUUCGAUUCUGGCUCAACGCGCAAAGCUACGAAGCCUCGAUGAAGGCUCUGAGCAACACAGAGGGGCCUAGCACACGCCCAGGGGGGUCUACAAAUGGGCCGGUAUUCGGUCCAGCAGAUAGGACUAACCGAACUCUCAACCGAGAGCCAGAUGGGGAAGUGUCCAAGGUACGGGUUCUACAGAAUGAUGCCAUGAGUAUAUAUAACGCCUACUUCUCUCUGCAGUCGUCUCAGUCGACCAAGUUCCUGCAGGGGUUGGUGUACCUGAGCGGAUAUGCAGACGAUGUGUUUGCCGCAAAGACGCAGAGUGGCGGUACAGCGGGAGAAAUGGGAGAGGGUGGACAGACCGAUGUACGGGACAAAGAGGAUGGCGGGCACCUAGUUGGGAAACAGGACCGGACAGGGCAGGACAGAACAGGGCAGGACAGGUUGGGGAGAAAAAGUGAGGAGUCCAAAACGGGUGAAAAAGUGAUGCAAGAUAGGACAGGUGCACAACGGACGGAGAGUACGGAUGAGAGUGUAUCAGGAGACUGGGUCAAGGUUGAGGUGCAACAACGAAAGCCACGCACACAGGACAUCUCUGCCCUGAGACACCGCAAUAAAGACAAAUUCACAGACAAAGUCAAAGUCAAAGCCAAAGACAAAGCCAAAGACAAAGACAAAGACGCAGGCGGAAGGUCAGACAGCGAUGACGGACGCGUAUCCAGAGCAUCUGCAACAAACCACACCCCGGCCAAUGCGUCAGGGACGCACUACACACGGGGGAAAGUACAUCGGCGGAGGUCUUCGGCUAGUACGAAUGCGGCGAACAGUAUCAGGAAAGAAGUCGAGGAUAACAUCUCGCAACCUACAGGGCCGGAUAGAACCUGCUUCAAACACUCCAAGGAGCUGUGCUUCCGUACGUUGGACCGAGUAUACUUCAGCAGAUAUCAAUCCAGCCCGUUCUACAGCUCCUAUCUACUCGAGGAGCUAUCCGGUGAAACAUACACCUUAUUAGACCUACUGAACAACGAUCAUCUGCUAACACACUUCACUGCCUACAUGUCAUCGGCUAAGGCGGUGCCGUUUGAGGGGACGGAGCCGAAAGACCUGCUGUCGUUUUGGCUGAGUGCACGCAAUUUCAAAGAUCUGCUGUACCAGCACAAGGUUUGUCUCGAUGCCUCGCGCACCUGUCCAGACGAGGACAGGGCUAAAAUGGCCCGGCAGUUCAGGACCGAUGCGCAGGAGAGUGCGAUGUCUCUGUACGAGCGCUUCCUGUCGUGGCAAGCGUACCGUCCGGUUAAUGUGGGACCGGACGUAAGGACAGAAGUGGAGCUGAGCAUAUCAGGGCAGAACGGGCCCUCGAUGGGGUGCUUCGAGGGCGCACAACGAUAUACGUUCGAGGUGAUGGAGGAGAACUACUUCCAACAGUUUCUGCGCAGCGAUGUGUUUCGUCAGCUGUGCGGCGCCAUGGCCAAAGAGGCCGACAAGCUAUGGCAUGGCAAUCGAGCUGUAGCAACGGUUGGUGAGUGGCAGGUGGUCGACAAGAGGACCGAUGUGGACAGCCUAUUUAUGGAUGGAGAAUUACUCAGGGAUCGGAGGAAACUGGGUGACCGGAUUAAAGAGAUUUUCCCCACGAUGUUCUACCGCCGAUCCUUUGACUCAGAUGCCGAUUGGGACCUGGACGAUGCGGGGAGUAAUAUCGCCGCCGCUCAGGCCGGACGGCUGGCGCAGGUAUCCAGCGAGAGUCUCUCGGACCAGAAAUGGAAGCUGUCCUCGUACGAGCGUGUGCACGCGCCCACCGUAUCACAGUCUCGGCUGACCAUGGGUGUGGUGAAUGAGCUGGGCGUGUUCAAUCGCAUAGCGGAGGGGAUGGGCAACAAGGAAAGUGGGGCGAUCCUGGCGUACGAUGAGGAUGGAGAGUGUGUGAAGAGUACCAAUACACUCGCGACUGGAGUGAAGCGUCUGGUAUUGGGCACGAAGAAAGAAGAGGCUGAACAAUUAGAACGCGACUACGCGCUGAAGUUUGCGCAAGAGAUGAUGCAGGAUGUGAUCAACCAGACUAUGGAGGGAGCCCGACAGGCCCUGUGACCCAAUAAUGAACUAAUUAUUAAAACUAAUUGUUA